GUGUGAGCAGGAAGUACCCCCCAUCUGCCGCGCCGCUCGGUCCCCCUUGGCUCCGCCAUGUCGCCGGUGAGGGCGGUGCUGGCGCUGCUGGCCGCGCUCUCAGCCCCGGCUGCCGGCUACUUCGUGAGCAUCGACGCGCACGCGGAGGAGUGUUUCCUGGAGCGGGUCCCGUCCGGCACCAAGAUGGGGCUCAUCUUCGAGGUGGCCGAGGGGGGCUUCCUGGACAUCGAUGUGGAGAUUACAGGGCCUGAUAAUAAAGGGAUUUAUAAAGGAGACCGAGAGUCCAGUGGAAAAUACACAUUUGCUGCUCACAUGGAUGGAACUUACAAGUUUUGCUUUAGCAACAGAAUGUCCACCAUGACUCCUAAGAUAGUGAUGUUCACUAUUGAUAUUGGAGAAGCUCCAAAAGGGCAAGACAUGGAGACAGAAGGUGGUGGAGAUACCUGGGAUGCUCAUCAGAACAAGCUAGAAGAGAUGAUUAAUGAGUUAGCAGUGGCCAUGACAGCUGUAAAGCAUGAACAGGAGUACAUGGAAGUUCGUGAGAGAAUACACAGAGCAAUUAAUGACAACACAAACAGCAGAGUGGUUCUCUGGUCAUUCUUUGAAGCCCUUGUACUAGUUGCCAUGACACUGGGACAGAUCUACUACCUGAAGAGAUUUUUUGAAGUCCGAAGAGUUGUUUAAGAAAACUUUUCCUGAUGAUCCCAAACACUCACUUUACUAUCUACCAAAACAUCUUAGUCACAAAACAAUGUCAUUUAGUUUCUAAACCCUAAUUUCUGAACUAUAAAACUAUUUGCUUAAGUUCCUAGUUAAAAUAAAAUGGUUUUUAUAUAUCUUCUGUAGCAAAAGCUGUGUUUAAAAUAUCUUGUCACUUAAUUGGCAUAAUUUUUUCACUUGAAAUCUGCCUAGUCUUUCUGCUAAGCGAGGUCUAAACAGAUUGCAAAUGCUAUAAUUCAAACGUAGCAAUGUUACUGUCUUUUUCUAACUUUUGUCUGUUUUCAUUAUUAAUUGCAAUUCUGUCUAGGAAAACAGUAAAAGAUCCUAAAGUGA